AAAUAAUUACAUUUGUAGAAUAAUUAAAAUAAUUUUUUAAAGUAAUUUCCAAGAGAGGUUAGUGAGCUGAUAUUGGAAAAAUAACAAUUAAAUUUUAUAGAAAUAAAAUAAUAUAUAUAAAAAAAAAAAAUGAUAACAUUAAAAGGAAAAUUAAAAAAAGAUGGAGAAGUGUCAAAGUCGAUAGAUUUUAAUAAACGCAUUUCUGUCCGGGAUAAAUUGUUAGUAAAAGAGGUCCAAGAAAUGGAGCAAACUUUACCGAAUACUUGUCAAGUGACAUUUAAUGAUCCUAAUCGCCUCCAUGAAUUUAUUAUAACGAUCGUACCUGAUGAAGGAUACUGGAUGGGUGGUAAAUUUUAUUUCCAAGUUCAUAUACCCGAAGAAUAUAACAUGACGCCGCCAUUAGUUAAAUGUUUAACAAAACUCUGGCAUCCAAAUAUAAAUCUUGAUGGAGAAGUUUGUUUGUCAAUUUUAAGACAAAGUAGCAUUGAUGGUAUGGGUUGGGCGCCAACCAGAAAACUCAAAGAUGUUGUGUGGGGCUUGAAUUCGUUAUUUACUGACCUCCUGAACUUUGAUGAUCCACUAAAUAAAGAUGCUGCAGAUUUAUUUUUAAAUGAUAAAGAAUCGUUUCGCAACAAAGCUCAUGAGUACGUCAUUCAGUAUGCCAAGAGAUGAUUCGAAUAACUUUUCUAUCUAAGUAUGAUAAGUAAUACUGUAUGUAAUAUUAAAUAAUCUUUUACUCUUGUACAUUUUUUAAUCGCGAAUAGAAUAUCGUCUUCGUAAUAUUUAAACUAAAUUAAUUUUAUUUUUCC